AUGCACUUUUCGAAGACCUAUACCCAACUUUUACUCGAUCUACCACCACAACUCCGUGACAAUGCCGUACAGUAUCGUCAGCUGAAAAAACUCAUAAAUCAAAUCGUGCUUGAGCUCACAUCGCUAGGGUUGAGUCCAGAUGUUCUUCAGGAGCAUCUAUUGCAGGGAGGCGAUGAGAAGGGCAAAGGGAAGCUAGUAGAGAAGCUUGUUGACGGAUACAAAGUUGUGUACGAGGUGAACGAGGAGUCUGGCCGCAUUGAACCUCGACUACGAUUUUGGGUUACACUUCCUGAUCCUACCACGAGCGAUGGUCACGGAGCCGACGAAGGAGAAUCCAUUGUCAGCCCGGCACUGGGAGAACCUGGUCCAAGUUUGUUGUGGGUGCUGCAACGGAAGACGAACCAGACAGCGGACCUUCCUCCGACAAAAACGAGUGGUGGAAUAUCGCAGGAAGUCGUGAUACCCCUCGUCUCCGACUCUGCUUUCUUCCAAUUGCUCUUCACUGCCCUCAAAGCCAUGUCGGAUCAUCUGGCUACUGUUCAGCUCGAGUUCUCACAAACCCUUCACGUCUUAUCCCGAAGCAUAUCCGAUUCUGCUCGGCCGGCAUCCGCGACGACUUCAGGGUUCCAUCCCUAUUCGAUAUUGACACAUCCAGGGACUAUCACUAUUGGCGGUGCUGGGUCGGCUAAGAAGACAGAUCUCAAUGCGUGGCGGGAAAUAUUUCAGCUGUAUGUUGAGGUUCAGGUAUUCGAGAGCGUCAGCGAGGCUUCUCGUGGCGAACGUUCUGUCGAGGAGAGUGAGAAGAGGCUGAAGUUAUUUGCGGAACGGGUCACUCAACGAGGCUUAGGGGAUGAGAGACAACUCAAGAUGAAGAAGAGUCGGGAGGCAUUGGAAUCGUUCCUGAAGCUUAACAUGUUUAUUCUGCAUGUGAAGAAGUUCCAAUCUGCCAACUCUGAGGCCACGCGUAAAAUUCUCAAGAAACACGCCAAACGUACCGCAUUACAGCUACCGGAUUCCACCGAUCACGAUCUCAUCAUACAAUCUAAAUCUGUGUCUCUCCCUCGCAUCCUUGUACAAGCCAUUGGGGAGAUACUUCUCCCCGUUAUUCCCCAUCUAGACGACUAUUCAUGUCUAAUAUGCACCAACAUCGCGUUCAAACCAGUUCGUCUCGGUUGCGGACAUCUCUUCUGUGUACGGUGUCUUGUCAAAAUGCAGAAACGAGGCCGAGGUGACUGCCCGAUGUGUAGAGCGCCAACGGUCCUAUGUGCCGAUCGAUCCAAUGUGGAUUGGGCUUUACUCAAUUUUAUGCAGGACUGGUUCCCUAUUGAGUCAAAGCAGAAGCUGAAGGACAACGAGAAGGAAGCCGCCCGAGAACAGAUGCAGGAACUAGGGAUCGACCCUGAACAAGGAUGCCAGAUCAUGUAGAAUUUAUCUCUUAUUGCUAACAUAUUACACGCGGGGAAAGGACCAUGAGGGGGGUUAUGAAUAUCGUACAGCAGUUUAUCUAGUACUGGUACUAAGGAAUAUUCUACUCGAGCAUUUUAAUACAAUACCUGGUAUCCAAACAAUCCGUCCCGGAUGUCUUGCC